UGCAAAUUUACUAUUAUAUCCAAACUGUGAAUCAUUACGGAUAGAUAUUGUUACAUAAUUUACCAUUUUAUUUAUUUACCUAAUUGCUUAUAUUCCUAAGAAAGAUAAUUUUACUAAUAUUAAAAUGGAAGUAACAGCAGGAAUGAAAAAGAAGCUACAGGAGGAAAUAAAACUUGGAGUAAGUAAAGAAAUGAAAAAGCUAGAUUUGAAAAUCAAAUGUAAUACUCAACUGUUAGAUCCAGAUAGAGAUUUACUCUGUUGGGAAAAAUGGAUUCGUAUUAGAAAUGACGAAGCAAAAUAUUUAGCAUCGCGCACUCAAAGACCUGCAGUUGAUUUGACGAUGAAUUUAUUAGAAAAAGAACAUGAAGACAUAGAAAGAAAAACGGCUCUGGUAUAUGCACAAGUGCCUAAAAUACCUAAAAUUAGGGACAAUACCCCAUGGGAUCGACCAGAGAGAUUGUAUCAGUAUUGUGAUUGUGAACCAGUAUAUGAGCUGCAUAGAAAACCAGCUGAAAUGGGCUCUCCACCUGUGCUUGAACAUAUAGGAGUGCCCACAUACAUUCAAGUUGAAGAAAAGGGUUUAUUUGGAGAACCAACCAGAAAAUUAUGUACACAGCUUGAUGCUGAUUACAUAAAAUACAGGGAAAAGCGUGAACUUGAAUUGAAAAGGAAAAUUAAGAAAAUUGAUCCAUUUCGGUCCGAUAUUAGCGAGUUGAUGAUCAAAGGUAAAAAAGCUAUUCAACCGCCUCCUGUGAAGUUACCUCCAUUGCCUGAAAUUAAUAUAGAUUUGCCAGAAGUAGAAAAUGAUUUCGUCGAUAGUAUAUACGCUGUGAGGAUUAACAACACCGUAGUUUUGAAAGAUAUUCCUGGUCAAAACUUAUCACACCUGCGGAAAAUGCAAGAGCAACCUUGGCACGAACAUUGUCUCUCUUGGACAUAUUACUUUAACGUUCCUAUAAAAAGAGCUGGAAGAAGCAAGAUGUAUUUAGAAAAUCUGGGAACAACGACGUUACGAUAUUGUUGGAAAAGGAUAAGACGCCCAAUCCCAUUCAUGCCACUAGAUUUUUAUGUCCAAGUAUUCUUUUUUAACAAAAAUGAAGAUGUUUUAUCUCCCGGACAAAGUAAAGAAAUAUUUUUAACGUAUAUUUCUGAUCAACCCGGUAUUCACAGUGAGAUUUGGGAACUUAGUUUUUGCAAUAUUUGUUUCUUCGAUACAUUGUCGGCUAAAUUUAUUUUAAACUUGGUUGGAGAUGCUGUAGAAAAUAUAGAUAAAACGAUAAAAAAAACAGAAGCACUGAAACGGAAAAUAUGUAAAAAAGCUCUGUAUGAUAAUAUUAAAAAUAUAUUAGACGAAAUUGUUGCUAAGGCCACUGCUAUUGAGCCACAAAUAUAUCCAUAUAAGAAAUGGUUUUUGGAGGCUGAAAUGUUUCUGAUGAAGAACCCAGUUUGUUACUAUCACCAAACAGAAGUUAAGAAGAUGAAAGAUCUUUAUCUGGAAAUGGAACCUGGUGAAGAGUGGAACUUAUCGAUAGUGAAAUGGCGAGAAGCGAUGUUGAAAAAAAAUUUUGAAGAGAGAAUGAAAUACUAUGAAUUGCUGAGAAAAUCACAUUCGGAUUUAUUAAAACCAUGGUUAGAGGGAGACGAACUGUUGAAACAGAAGCACCAGGCUGUGGGUUGGUUGCUUGGGCAGUUGGCAGACAAGUUUGUUACUGUACAGGCAUAUAUUUAUGAUAGUUUGUAUCAAAGACGAGAAUCCCAAGUAAGCCAAAGCAGCGGUCCUAAAAGUAGUAGUCGAAUUCUCGACUCUGUGGAUUCUGAUAUCAGGGAUAUGGCAAGCGUCAUGUUCGUUACACAUAUGACCACGCACGUCGAAGCUGCUAUAGAAUCAAUUGCUGGAGUUUUGAGUAGCCUUGAUUUAAAUAGAUGGAUAGAAUUUGACUUUUGUCGUUUGUAGGUCAUUUAAAAAGUUAUACGCAUUUUGCCUAUCACAUUUGCCACAUCAAUAAACGGUUACUUUCAAAAUGUUCAAUUUUGAUUUGAAAAUAUCCAAAAAAAAUAAAUCGUGGUCAUUAAAUACAAAAUAUUAAU